AUGUCUGGAUUCAAGUCUGUGGCGUAUUUUGUCAAUUGGGCCAUUUAUGGACGCAACCACAACCCCCAGGAUCUCCCUGCCGACAAACUGACUCAUAUCCUCUACUCGUUUGCCAAUGUACGUCCAGAAAGUGGCGAAGUUUAUCUCACAGACACCUGGUCCGACACAGACAAACACUACCCUUCCGAUUCCUGGAACGACAGCGGCACAAAUGUCUACGGCUGCAUCAAGCAGCUCUACCUGCUGAAAAAGGAAAACCGGAAACUAAAAGUGCUCUUGUCAAUUGGUGGAUGGACCUACUCGGCCAACUUUGCGCAGCCGGCGAGCUCCGAGGCCGGUCGAGAGGCCUUUGCACAGUCUGCGACAAAGCUGGUGCUGGAUUUGGGUCUGGAUGGGAUUGAUAUUGAUUGGGAGUAUCCACAGGAUGAUUCCCAGGCUCAGUCUUAUGUGGCUCUGCUGCAAAAGUGUCGUGAGACACUCGAUGCAGCUGCCGGGCCAGACAGAAAGUUUCUUUUAACCAUCGCCUGUCCAGCUGGCGCAUCCAACUACCAAAAGCUUCGUCUCUCGGAGAUGACCCCGUAUCUUGACUUUUAUAACCUCAUGGGCUACGACUAUGCCGGAUCAUGGGACCAAACCGCCGGCCACCAAGCCAACAUCUUCCCCUCCAACAACACCCCCGCAUCCACUCCCUUCUCAACCGUCGCCGCGCUCGACUACUACAUCAAGACCAGCGGCGUCCCACCCUCGAAAAUGGUUUUGGGUAUGCCCCUCUACGGCCGCGCUUUCCAAAACACACAGGGUCCCGGAACUGGCUACAGCGGUGUCGGCGAAGGCAGCUGGGAGCAAGGUGUGUGGGACUAUAAAGCGCUUCCGCUACCGGGAGCACAGGAAGAAAUCGACUCGCAAAUUGGCGCUUCGUGGUGUUUUGAUUCUGGUAGUGGGACCAUGGUCUCGUACGACAAUGUGGCUGCGGGCGAGAUCAAGGCGAACUUUAUUCGUCAUAAUGGGCUCGGUGGGGGUAUGUGGUGGGAGAGUAGUGGUGACAAGGGAGGGAAAGCAGCUGAAAAGGCAGAUGGUAGUCUGAUUGGCACGUUUGUUGAUGGUGUGGGAGGUGUUGAGGCUUUGGAUCAGUUGCCGAACAACCUCGAGUUUCCGGAGAGUAAGUUUGAUAACUUGCGAGCGGGAAUGCCAUAA